UUAGUUGUACGUUAAAUAUAUUACUUUGUUGACCGGUUAAAUAAUAACAAUAAACAAAUACACACACACACACACAGAUACAAUAAUUGAUUUAAUUUUGUUGCAUUUCUAUUGUGUUACAUAUCCAUACAUACAUAUACAAAUGCAUAUGUAUGUAUGUACAUUUGAGCAAAGUGCUGUAAUAAAAACGCAACUUCUAUAAUUGCAUUUGUAGGUGGAUAAGUAAAUUUGCAAUUGUUGAUAUGUCGAAAAAGGCACGCAAACGUUCUGGCCUGCAAUUCGAAAAGGAAGUAAUCGGACAAUUCCUUAUGUAUUUGUAUGGUCGACAAGAAGUGAAACCCGAAACCGAUUGGAUUCUAAAGAAAAAGGAAGCGCGCAGAGUAUUUGAAGAGUUCUUGAACUUGUCUAAAAAUGUCAAAAUGCGCCAACGUAUUGGGAAGUCUCCAGUUGCUAAGAUCGGCACUUUACUCGAUCGCACCGGUUAUUUAAUCGACAUCGAAAUUGGCAGUGAAGAUUUUCGCAUAAAUCACCAAAAAGUUAUGCAAUACAAAGAAAUAGAAGCAUUGCAUAAGACACUUGAAAAGAAGCUAGUAACAUACGAUAAAGAAAAUAAAAAACUACAUCGAUUAUCGAAUAAGCAAUACUUAGCAUUAACUAAUGCUUUAGAGCUAUUUUUGCCGCCGCCUGCUUUAUUGGAGUUGAAGAAGAAGAAAUUUGUUGAUGAACUGCUUUGCGAACAUUCUACACAAUUUGCUGAUUACUUUAAAAAUGGUCUAAUUUUUACACCGCAAAAUAUGUUGGGUGCCAUGCAAUUGCUGCUACAAAUUGAAGAUGUUGACAAUUUCGAUAAAUACAGACGCCUUAUACAACGCGAUGUGAAAUUAGGCCACACACAGCCAAAUCGAUAUAGUUUCACGCUCACGAGAAAAUCACGUAAAGUCGGUUCUUCAUACGAAGUCCUACUCAGUCGCUUUAAUCGCGUUUUGAUUGUCGCCGAAUGCGCGGAGACCAAAGCGAUCACUAAAGAGCAAAUGCUCGAAUUUCUAAUUAGCGGUGGGCUAGACUUAAAUGUACGCGGUAAAAUCAUAGGUACAACUUAUCUUGCCCGUAUUGAAAAUGUAAGUGGUAAAAAUGUGACGAUCGAAACUGAAGGCGAAUUACCAGCGAAUCCAAAGGCGUCCUAUCUCAUCAUCUUUUUUCCAGCACGACUUACCAUACGCUAUCAGCAUAAUGCGUUAAAGCUGUGUAGGGAAACGUUUGCUAUGCUACAGCGUUUCCUCUUUCCCCAAACAGUUGUGGAAACGAGUUUACCACGUUUGUGCUUGAACUACUACGACAAAAAUAUAGCGUCGAAUCCCGAGCAGAUCGAAGCUGUACACAACAUUGUAGCGAGCGGUAAAAAUUCAAAGUUACAAGCGCCAUACAUUAUAUUCGGCCCACCCGGUACAGGUAAAACAUCAAUAAUUGUAGAGUCCAUACUGCAAUUGCUAUUGCACGAUCGAAACGCUAAAAUACUGGUUACGAGCGGUCCAAAUUGUGCUUGCGACGAGAUCGCUUUACGCAUUUGUAAUACACUCGCGUUGGGUAAGAAACCGCGUGAAAACAUUGUGGCACGCAUCUAUUGUUACUCACAGGAGAGACGUCGUGAAAAUCUCAAUAAAUUGUUGUUGGAAUAUUCAAAUAUGUACGAUUGGCAUUUCAUGCCCGAUGUGAAAUUACUGCAACAAUAUCGCAUUGUGGUGUGCACAUUGAGUGCGGUCGGCAAAUUGCUCUCCGGUGGUUUGCACAAUUUCACGCACGUCUUCCUGGAUGAGGCCGCCGCUUGUUCGAUGUCGGAAGGCUUGAUUGGUGUUGUUGGUGGUUUAAAUGAAAAUUCGCAAUUAAUUUUGGCCGGCGAUCAUAAACAAUUGGGUCCGAUUUUGAAUUCACAACGUGCCGAGGCAUUAGGACUGGGUGUAUCCUUAAUGGAGCGGCUGCUACAACGUAAAUGUUAUGACGUUAAUGAGGCCAAUGGCGACUAUAAUCGUGGCAUACAGACACGUUUAUGUCGUAAUUUCCGUUCACAUCCGGCGAUCGUGAAGCUAUUCAGUGAACUCUACUACGAUAAUAAGCUGAAGGCGUUGGCAAGCAAAGAUGUAAUUACAGAUAAAACUAAUUUGGCGGCUAAUUGGACGGAAUUGCAUGAUCCGACAUUUCCCAUAUUGUUUCACGCUGUGCACGGUGAACUAGUAUACGAUGGCGACAGUGGCAGCUGUUCCAAUUGGGAUGAAAUCGAUUUAAUUUUAAAUUAUGUAGACAAUUUAUUGGAAAAAGGUCUAGGCGAUGGACGCAAGUUGGAAGAGACUGACAUUGGUAUAAUAUCACCAUAUCGUAGUCAAUGUCUGGAUAUUCAAGAGGAAUUAAAUAUCGGUCGUAAAUUUCAAAUUGAAACCGGUACGGUUGAAACAUAUAGAGGCAAGGAGAAGGCGGUAAUAAUUGCAACAUUUGUGCGAUCGAAAACUAAAAGUCUGGGUUUUUUACAAAAUCCCAAGCGUAUAAAUGGCAUACUUUCGCGUGCUAAAUCGCUGCUCAUUCUCAUCGGAAAUGACGUCACACUCUCGAAGCAUAGUGAUUACGAGUUUAUCAUUAAGGAGUGCCAAAGUCAUGGAAAUUUUAUACCUGCUCCAGUAGUAGCUAAAGAAAAUAAAUUAAUUAUUAAAUAGUAAUUAAUUAUCGAAGCAAAAAAAUAUACUUUCCAUACCAAAUUUUGUAUUUCAGCAAUUAAAUAAAUGCUAAAAUUAGCGACAUAAAAAACGAUUGUCGUAAAACCAGAAAACGUUUGUGAGUCAUUCAAGUUUAUGGCACUUUGUUGUUGUAGGUCUGCUGUCUAGUUUACACAUGAAAUAUAAUUAAAGAAGCGUAUUCAUUGGUAAAAAUAAAAGGAAGCCACUGAAACUCAGUUAUUGAAGACAAAUAGAAAUAGAAUAAGUAUAUCAAUAUAAUAAAAAUAUAAGCAACUUGAGGUGAUUGUGAUUCAAAGAUUACAAUGGUUGGCAAAAAUUACUUAGCUUUAUAAAUAAAAAAUAUGUUAUUUCAGUCGAUUUUUUUUUUUUUUUCAAAUUAUAAAUAAAUAUCCGAUCCCUGGAAACAAUAUCCAAUAAAAAACGUUUCAAAUAACUUCAAAUGAAAAAUAGUUCUAACGGCGAACUCUUUUUCACGAUCGUCAGACAAGUUUUAACUGACCUUAUAUCUAUAUCUUUCGACCAGUUUUUGGUAUAAGUAUAUUUGAAAAUCUUCACGAAAAAAAGAAAAAAAACUUGUCAAACUACUUUUAAUAAAGUGAUGACAUACCAAGUGGCUAAUAUACUCACAGUUUUGAUAUCUUUUGAACAGUUGUCGGUGUGGUGUUCUUAUGGAAAGAUUAAGCUUUUAGGGAUCUUGUUUAUGCUUUUCGACCAUUUUUUGGUAUAUUACAGUUAGUAUUCAAAGUUUGAGCGUCUUUCAACCAGUUAUAGUACAAUUUUUAUUUGGAAAUCUAUCCACUACAAAUAACUGUUCAACGAAUUCUAAAUACUAAAUCGUCUUCCCAGCGAGUUCAUCAAAGAAGCUUUUAGAGAAGUUUUAAAGAAAUCUAUAACAAGUUCAUUAACUUGUGUUUUAAAUGUUGAUAUCUUUCAACCAGUUUUAGUUCAAAUCCUUUUUUCGGACAAUCUAUUCAAAAAACAAAUAACUUUCAUAAGAACUCUGAAUACUAAUAUUCAUCAAAGAACCUUUGAGAUAAGUUUUAACCAGUGUUACGUCUUUCGACCAGUUUUUUUGGUAUAAAACUCCUUUAAAAACAAAAUAUCUUUCGAAAAAAGCGAUUGUAGAGUAAAAGACAUAACAUAUCAACAGGAAGUGUAAGGACUUUAGCUAAAUAGCCGGGAAAUGUAUCUAGUAAAAAGGGAUUCUUUAGACUAACACAAGUGGCCCGGAAACUAUACACCAAUUGCUUUACAUAAUAUUGCUAUUAAUUGUUAGAUUUAAAAUAAAGGUUGUAGUGUCGAGUACUUGCAAAAGAAAAAAAGAGCUCUUUAAGGUUAUAAAAAAGAUUUAAUCGUAAUUAGUGACCACUUUGACUCAUUAAGUGCGUCUGCAAAUAAUAAAGUUCUUAUAGGAAGUACAGCUUAUUUUCUUGUUCCAGUUGUGUUCCAAGAUUCAAAUUUCGCGCACACUCACUCCGCUUAUAAUUAAAAUACAUUCUUUUUGCGUAGGUGUCGAUUAUAUAUUUAUUUUGCAACAUCUUUUUUAUGUGGUUAACAAUGUAUAUAUGUAUAUAAUAUAUUUAUUUUAUUAAAAUUGUAUAUAAUAUGUAAGAGCUUGGUAAAAUACAAUAAUUCAUAUAAACUCUUUAUAGAAAAAGCCGGCUAUUAACCAAUAAGUAUUAUAGCCUCUUCUAUAAAACGGUUUUACUUGAUAAGUACAAAAGAAAUAGUAAUUUAUUCAAACUUUAUAUAAAAUAUAUAUGUAUGCUCAAAAAUAUGUGAUAUGAUUAUUAUAUAUAGAUAUUUUUUUAUAAUUCCAUUUAAAAGGCAAUCGAAAACAAUAUUUCCGAAAAAAUCUUUAUAAAAAAGGAAUAAUAAUAAUUUUGAUUAUAUAGAAUGAAUUUUAUUGGAUUAUUUACUACUUUUGUAAAACUUUAAAGAAAUAGCAUAAAUUAAAAAAAAAGAUAGAAAUAUUUUGGGUACCGAAAUCAUGUACCGCAAUAAAAUAAAUCCUCAGUACAAUGAUAGUUUCCAAAUUAUUAUCAAAACGCAUAUGUAUAUAACCUAAAAAAAUCGUUUUCCGAUUUAAAUUAAAAAAAAAUAAUAAUAAUUUGAAGUAUGCAAUUUUCAAUAUGCUGUUAUUUUCAAAUAAAUUUUAAUACAAACUAUCAAUUUAUCUUAACUAUAAAUAGUGAUAAAAGUUUGAUAAUUUUUUUUGUCAUUUUCGCUUACGUUAUCAUUCAAAAAUUAUUCGUUGGCAUAAAAUACGUAUAAAAUAAUGGGCCUAAUCAUUGAAUCCGCAGCGAAUUCGAAUUCGAUACGAUAAAGAUUUUCGAUCGAAAAUUUCCAUGCUAUCAUUGAUUCCGUCGAUAAACUGCUUUACCACAAAGUGAGAACGUACAACUGUUUUAUCGACAAAUGCGACAAAUUUGACAAUGUGUAUGAGCUUUUUGCUUUAUUAAAAAAACUUAAAACUGACCUUUAACUAUUGUGAAAUUUUUUCCAUAAAAAUAUUUAAUUCGACAGAGGCUCUUUGAGAAAAUUCGUUCGCUAUUUCGAGGGGGCAACUUUAUAUCGCUUUUAAACAUUUUUGAUUUAUUUUUGUUGGUCCGUUUUUGUCUCAUUAAAAUACCCAUUUAAAAUAUGAUUUAGUCCGACAUUAGUAAUUGUUUACAUAAAAACUUCCAAAUGGUUUAUUUCUUUUACAUUUCCGCAACUCAUUCACCAACGGAUAGAUUUCGACAAAAAUUUUCGAUUUUGCGGAUUCAAUGAUUUCGUAAUUAGCGACAUCUAUUAGCCGCGGAAUGUAUUUAUACGAGUCGGUAAGUGAGUUCAAUGUGAUCGUAAAUUUUAUUUUCGAUACGGAUUCAAUGAUUCCUACAUAAAAUUUUUCAAUCGAAUCGAACCAUUUUUCGAUCGAAACGGAUUCAAUGAUUAGGCCCAAUUUGAAUUUUCCAACCAUCCAUCAAAAAACUUUUCAAACAACUUCAAAUGAAGUAAAGUCCAACCAGUGAACUCUUUUUUACGAUCGAGAGACAAAUUUUAA